UAAAGUCUGGGAAGCAGGAGAGCAGGACUCCAUGGCCCAGAGUGAGGCAUGAGUGGGGGAAGGAGGGGGAAGAGGAAGUGUAACCCCGGUGUGAAGACAGGAUGGGAGUGGAGAAGGUCACUGCAGACAGCUGAGCGAGCUGACGGACAGACGGACGGAUGGAGCUGCUGCAGCUGCAUUUCCCCGCACUGCACCGAGCCCUGAGGGGUGUUCUGGCCUCCUUCAGCACCUUUGCAUCCUACCUCAUUGGAGAUGGAGUCCCCUCCGCGAAAGACGGUGAGGAGCAGCCUCUUGAGAGGAAUAUGGAUGAGCCUGGGGAGCUAAGGGGAAUAACAGCUGGAGGAGGCCAGACGUCUGAGGAGGAAGAGGAAGAGGUGGAGGAUUCAGCUCCAGAGGAAGCACAAGACCAAAGAGCCCUAGACUUCAAGGAUGAAAGAGAGAGUGAACCAGAAGAGCUAACAGGCAUAGCGCAGGCCAGGGAAAACUGGGAGGAAGAGGUAGUAAGACGUCAGGAUGUAAAAGAAACCACAUUAGGGUGUGCCUGGGAGCGACAAGGGGAGCCUAAGAAAAGGGAGCAGGAAGCAGAAGAAGAAAUCAGAGAAGGGAGAGUGAAAGAGGCAAGGAAGGCCAAGAAUGCAGAGGGAGCAGAGGUGGAGAGAAGCCAAGAGGCCCGAGAAGACCAGAAUGUAGAGACGGUGUCCGGAGAAGCCACCAGAACAAGAACCUGGUUUGAACUAGAACUUGGAGUUGAGGCAGCAGAGGCUAAGGAAAGUCAAGAGGCAGAGGAACAAGAGUUGAAGUUAGAAGGAGAUGAGAGAACCUGGGACCUGGAAAGGUCUGGGAAUGCGAAGGUCAAGGAGGAAGGGGAAAGGAAAUCAGUGGAGGGUGAAAUAAUGUCUCGGGUGGUCCAGGAUGUGGGUUCUGGAGAAAGAAUUUGGGAAAGGAAGGAGGAAGAGGUCAAGGGAAACCAGAAGGCAGAGGCCAGAAAAAGCUGGGAGAGGGAGGCCGUGGAAAUUGAGGGAAACCAGGAGGUGGGGAAAGUGGAGGCUGAGACUGGCCAGGAGGUAGAAAUCGAGGUCAGGAACAGCUAUGAAGCAGAGGAGGAGAUGGAAGAGGAGGAGGAAGCAGCUGAUGACACCCUGGAGGGAGAAAUGUGGAAAACAGAAGUUAAGAAAGCCCAAGGGCCCGAGGAACAGGAGGCUGAGAGAUCUUGGGAGACAGAAGAGAUCCUGAAGGAAGUAGAUGAUGCCCUAAGAGGUCAAGGUCGAAAGGAAAUAGAGGCAGAGAGAAGUGAAGAGUUAGGGCUAGAAGACGGGGGAGUCCAGGGUAUGGAGCCUGACUUUGGGAUCACUUUGGAAAAGGAAGAGAUAGAGGCAGCAGAAACUGAAGGAGGCCAGGAGAUAGAGACUGUAAGAGCCUGGGAGACCAGGGAAGUAGAGAUUUGUGAAGAAGGAGGGCAAAAAGAAAUUGGAAUAGACUGGAAGACCCAAAAAGCAACUGGAGGAGACUGGGAAGAGGCCUGGGUCCUGAAGCCAAAGAAAGAAGUGGAAGGAAUUCUAGGGGAGGGGGAGUCUGUGGGAGACCAGAAGACUGAAACAGAAACUAGAGGAGCCUGGGGCACAUUAAGCGAGGUUGGGAGAGACCGGGAGACACUGACAGAGGAGUGUAAGGGAGGCAAGGCCCUUAGAGAAGCUGAGAUUGGGAGAGUUUGGGAAGGGAUAGAGGAAAGAGAUAAUGCAAGUGGAUGGAAAGCCACGGAGGUUAUGGAGACUGAUGGAGAGAUGAGUAGAAACUGGGAAAUAGAGGCCCAGGAGCCCCAGUGCAGAGCAGCAGAAAAGAUCUCAAGAACCUGGGACCCAGAUGCGCUCAAGGAAACAGCCACAGAAAUAGAGGUAGAGAGGAUGCCGGAGAAGAGAGAGGUGGAGGCUGUUUGGGAUCAAGAAGGAAAUGUCACAGGUGGCUGGGAAAUUGAGGCAGAAGAGGUUAAGGCAAGCCAACCCCCUAUGCAAUUUAAGAGAAGCUGGAGCCUAGAAGAGAAAACUGGAGGAGAGCAAGAAGAGGAAAAAGAGACCAGGGAAGCUCAAGAGGUUGAAGAGCAAAUAGUCAGAGAAGUUCAGGAGAUACAGAUCAAGGGAUCAGAGGGAGAAGUUGGGGAAAUCUGGGCGAUGGAGGCAUGGGGAGGUCCACACAUCAUGAAGCCCGAGGCAGGAAAAGUCAGAGAGGGGGACGAAAAGAAAAACACUGUUGUAAGGGAAAUUGAGGAAGCCUGGAAAAUGAAGGAAUGGGAACCUGGGAGAGAAGAGAAAAUAAAAAGUGAGGAUAGUGAAAGAUGUGAAGAAGAGGCAGAGGUGGAGGAGGAGAAAAAGGUGGAGGUGGCAGAAGCAGAGAAAGCAGAGGAGGAGGUGGAGAAAGUGGAGUUGAAGGAGGAGGAGGAGGAGGCAGAGGAGAGGGUAGAGGAAAAGGAAGAGGAGGAUGGAGCUCAGAAAGAAGAGGCCAGGAGAGAUUGUAAAGUAGAACCUGAGGACACACAAGGGUCAGAAAUACCAGAGAACAAGAUAUUGGAAGCUGAAAGCAUUUGGGAGACAGAGCGGGUCAGUUUCUUGGGAGCAGAGAUAGAGGAGGAAAAGGCCAGAAAAACUCAGGAGGAGGCAGUAAUAGAGGCAGAGGAAGGCCAAAGGAAAGAGAUUGAGAGCAGCCAGAACUUGGAAGAAUCUGAGGAUCAAGAAAUCUGGGAGAGGAUGGAGAUGGAGGCUGAAGGAGAUCAGGAGCCUGAGGGAACAGGCUGGAGAGGCCAAAGGAUGAAAGACACUGGGGAAGGUUUGGGAAGAGAGAUUGAAGCCGAGGAAGAGGUAGAAGGAACCUGGAAGGCAAAGGCCAGCAGUGAGGAAGAUUCAAGGGCGGUGGAGGAACUCCAAGAUAUGAAGGAGUUAGAGGCUGGGAGAGACCAAGAGACAGACAAGGAGUUCAGAAGAGGCCAGUACACGGAAGAUGCAGCUGGGGAAAUCCAGGAGAUAAGAGGAGUCGAGGAAGAUCAAGGCCAGGAAGAGAUGAAAGCCAGGAAGGCAGGGGAGGAAAAUAGGGGUGCUGGGGAAGUAAAAGCAGCCAAAAGGGAGGGAGGUCCCUUGACAGAAUUAGAGGCUGGAGAAAGGCCAGUCACAGAGGAUUCAGUGGUUGGGUUAGACAGGGUGGAAAUGGGGACUGAGGGAGGCCAGGAGACAGACCCAGCAGAGGCGAGGGGAUUGGAGGAGGCAAGGGAAGAAGAAGAGGCCGGGGAAAGCUGUGAGAUGGAGAAAUCAGAGCCCAGGGACUCCAUAAUGGAGAAGGCAGUAGGGGCUGUGGAAGACCAGGCCGUGGUUGAUGGAAGCCAUGAGGCAGAGGAGGUCCAAACGAGGAGGGGAUCGGAGGUUGAGGAGUCGGAGGUCGGAGAUGCCCCAGAAAAAUGCGAGAUGGAGUCGAGGGUUGAGCAAGACAACGGAGUGGACUCUGCGAGAAUCCUGGGCAUUGAGGUAAAGGAGCAGAAUCAAGGAAGUCAACACGCAAUGGCAGAAGUGUGGAGAAGGGACGAAAUAAAAGAGGUCAUGGUCUUGGAAGACCAAGCAACGGACGAUGUCGGAGGCUGGAGGCUGGACGCCGGAGCAGACUGCAAGAGAGAGGAAGCAUCAGCCAGAGGAGACGGAGAUACGGAGGAGACAGAGGCUAUUGGAGCCUGUGAGAUAGAGGAGGCAGCAGAUCAAGAAGGAGGAUAUACCAAAAACGUGGAGGUGACUGAUGGCCAGGUGACUAAGGAGGAGACUGGAAGAGGCCUGAAUUCAGAGGAGGAAGAGGCUGGCCCGACGGAGACAGCAGCGUGCAGAGAUGGAGAUGGUCUGGAAGGUCAGGACCCAGAGGCCACGAGAACUCCCGUGGAAGCUGGGAAUCUGUUCCCCAGGGUCGACAGCGCCGUUGAAGCACAGAGGGAUUGGUGUGAGGGCCUGAUUCCAGGACCCCUCCUGGACCUCUCCAUCCCCCACAGCCGUGUCCAACUCUCCCGGAACAGCUUCAAGCGCCGAUCCCGCCCCUCUGUCCGUCAUCGGACCCUGCCCACCAGGGAGACCAAGGAACCCCUGGAUCUCAAACCCGAGGAGCCCCUCGCCCCAGAACCAGCACCCCCACAGCUUGAGGAGCCCUCAGAGAUCAGCUCUCCCCCAUCAGGGGGGAUGCCGAUUCCAGAGAGGCGACGCCCCCGGCCCCCAGGACACGGGUUUGGCCUCGCUCACCCCAGCAUGAUGCAGGAGCUCCAGAUGCGGCUGGCCCGGCCAAAGCCCCAGUGAUCUGCUGCCCCAGGACCCUUCCCGGCCUCAGCCAUCCAAGACCCCCCAGGAAUGACCUCCCUAAUCCUCGUGUGACCUCUGAUCCCGGACCGGCUUCUGAAAAUGACUUUUUCACCCCAGGGACGAGCCGGGACUCUCCGCUACAUUGCCCCAGGAUGUUUGGGGCACCUCAACACUGGGAGAUGUCAUCAAGGUGGAAGUGGGCUAUGAGGAGGAAAAUUGUUUCCUUUUAAUCCCCAGUUUGAGUCUUCCUGUCCCUUGCUUUACCCUGCUCUACCAGCUCCAGGUGGCUUCUAGAGGACAAGCACAAAAUACAAGCAGGGCUGCAAAUCUGGGAAAGGAGAAGAAGAUUUUGCCAUCAUUUGGACCUUCCCUUUUACCCCAGGACUGAGAUGCCCAUAGAGCCCUAUCUUCCCCAGGGUGAGUGGAAGCUGGGUUGACCAGAUGCCUGGGUCCUGGGAGGCAGCGGUGGGUGCUGGACCAGGAUUUGGGGACCCAAGGCAGAGGUACGUAGGCCAAGUUCUUUCAGGAACAGCGGAGCCUACAACCCCUCUCCCCAUAUCCUUCCCCUUCCCGAAGCUGAGCCGGGACCCCGGAAGGCCCGUAGAUCUGGCUUCCGAACGUGGGCCAGGACUGGCAGACUACCAGAGGGGCAACCGCUUUGCCAGAUUAGAUCAGCUUUCAGACCCAGGACCAGGGCUCUCUGGCAUCCUGCUGGGUGGCUACCCAACUUAGCAAUCAUCUUGCUAACUCUCCGGGACUUACCCAAACCGCUCAGGGAAGACGACAGAGACGGGACCAAAGAAAGAGGAGCCU